CGGCUGCAGACAAUCCGAACCGAAGCCAAACUGUGACGCUUUAGUUUCAGACCAUCGUUCUUACCGUUUUCUUUUCAGCGCGUUGUGCUUCUUUUUUUAUGUUUACUUCCGCCCAGAUUCGUGCAGAGAAAACGGUUCGGUUCGGUCCAUGUAAGCUCUCUGUUACGUCUUAAAGUCGCAUUCGGCUUCUUCUUUUUUUAUUCUUUACUUCUCCUUUAUUGUCUGUGAGGACGGACUGGAGAGGUUUUCUGGACUUUUUUGAGGGAACUCGGAGAAGCAGAAUGGUGCCACAGCUACUGCCCCUGGCCUGCUGCCUCCUCUGCUCUGCCUUCACUUCUGUCUCUGCAAAUGUUCUCAGAGCUGAGGCAUGGCUUCAGCAGUAUGGCUACUUGCCUCCAGGUGAUGUAAGAGCCCAGGCCCUCCGCUCACCCAAGUCCAUUGAAGCAGCGAUAUCAGCCAUGCAGAGGCUUUAUGGACUGACCGUCACCGGCUCCAUAGAUACCAACACAUUAGAGGCAAUGAAGCGGCCACGGUGUGGCGUUCCAGAUAAGUUUGGUCCAGAACUGAAAACCAAUUUGAGGAGGAAGAGAUACGCUAGGCAAGGUCUGAAGUGGGACAAGUCUGAGGUGACCUUCAGCAUAGAGAACUACACGCCCAAAGUGGGUGAACGAGCGACGUUUGACGCCAUCCGAAAAGCCUUCCGAGUGUGGGAGAGUGCCAUCCCAUUGACGUUUCGAGAAAUCCCCUUCAGUCAGAUCAGAGGCAAAGUUGACAAGUACGCAGACAUCAUGCUGUCCUUCUCAGAAGGUUUUCACGGGGACAGCACACCAUUUGAUGGUGAGGGUGGCUUUCUGGCUCAUGCUUACUUUCCUGGUCAUGGCAUUGGAGGAGACACGCACUUUGACCUUGCUGAACCUUGGACCACCGGGAACGUGGAUCAAGGAGGAAAUGACGUUUUCCUGGUAGCGGUCCAUGAGUUGGGUCAUGCUCUGGGUCUGGAACAUUCUGACGACCCUUCUGCCAUCAUGGCCCCUUUCUACCAGUGGUUUGAUACAGAAAACUUCCAGCUUCCAGACGAUGACCGCAGAGGCAUCCAGUCCAUUUAUGGAACAAAGUCUGGAGUACUUCCUCCUCCUCCUCGUCCCACCAAACCAUCCAAGCCCGACAAACCAGACGACGGACCCGACAUUUGUGAGGGACACUUUGACACCAUCGCCAUCCUCAGGGGGGAAAAGUUUGUUUUUAAGGACGAGUGGUUUUGGCGUAUUCGCAACAACAAGGUGUUGCCUGGUUACCCCAGAGUUACUGGUCAGUCCUGGAAAGGCCUCCCUUCAAACAUCAAUGCUGCCUACGAGAGGGAAGAUGGGAAGUUUGUCUUCUUCAAGGGCGACAGAUACUGGGUUUUCAGUGAGUCCACCAUGGAGAAGGAUUCUCCAAAGAGCCUGAGAGACCUGGGUACUGGUCUACCCAAAGACAGGAUCGACGCUGCUCUUUUCUACACUCCAACAGGACAGACAUACUUUUUCAGAGGAACUGAAUAUUACCGCUUUAACGAUCAGACUCGCAGAGUGCACAGCGACAGUCCGAAGCCCAUCAGCAAGUGGAGCGGAGCACCAGACAAUAUUAAAGCUGCCUUCAUGAGCGAAGAUGGAUCUUACACUUACUUCUACAAGGCCAAUAAGUACUGGAAGUUCAACAACCAGCACAUGAAGGUGGAGUCCGGCUACCCCAAGUCAGUGCUCCGUGACUGGAUGGGCUGUGAAAGCGAGGAGCCCAAGAAGGGUCGGACGGUGAUCAUCAUUGAAGAAUCGGACGGAGGCUCAUGGGUGGCAGGCGUGGUGAUUCCAGUCCUUCUGCUGGUGCUGGUGUUGGUCACUCUGGGAGCACUUUUGUUCUUCAGGAAGUAUGGCACGCCUCGGCGCCUCCUCUACUGUCAGAGAUCACUGCUGGAUAAGGUGUAGAGUAGACAGACCAACAGGUGACUGAAAGACUGCGGAAGAGAAACAGAGAGAAAGAAGGAGGAGAUGGAGGGAAUGAGAAGUGGACAACGAUUGAAUAAGACCGUAAAACAGAAGAACAGAAAGUUCAAUGAGCAACUGUGAGGAAGAAAUAAAAAGGGGACAUUAUGUUUGGUGGUUUGUAAGUGCUACGAAAGGAAAAAUAAUUCCCAUGAAACUGAAAUCAGGAAAAAUAUAUUUGUAUAUGUCAACAUUUUACAUGUGCUGUUUAUGUGCAGAAAUCAAGAACAUACCCAGACUCAUCAACAAACUUCCUCCUGCCUUUAAAAUAAUCAAAAGUACAUCACGUUGUUUUUAUUUGACUGGACGACUCCAACUGAACUGCUGUCUGAUCAUCGCUCAUUUAAAACAUGUUUUCAGUUUAACUUUUACCAUAUUAUUCAUCUUUGUUGCUCUGUUUGACAGUCAUUGGGUACUUUUUAACAGUGGUAUUCUUCUUUGUUUUCU